CCUUGCUUGUGUUGCUGAGGCGCGGGAAAGUCUGACGCUACAGGAUUCAACAUGGACGUGGAGAUGAAAGAAGCUGAUGGCGAACAAAGUCGAACAGACGCACAGAAUAAUAAAAAAGAUGUUACCAAGUCUUCAACGACCACAUACGAACUCCCCUGGGUUGAAAAAUACAGACCGCUGAAGCUGAAUGAAAUCGUUGGAAAUGAAGAAACUGUCAGCAGAUUGGAGGUUUUUGCCAGAGAAGGAAAUGUACCCAACAUCAUUAUUGCUGGACCUCCUGGCACUGGAAAAACAACAAGCAUUUUGUGUUUGGCCAGAGCUCUUCUAGGCCCGGCAAUGAAGGAUGCUGUGCUCGAGCUGAAUGCCUCAAAUGAUCGAGGUAUUGACGUUGUCCGAAACAAGAUCAAGAUGUUUGCUCAACAAAAAGUUACUCUCCCCAAAGGACGUCACAAAAUCAUCAUCCUGGAUGAAGCUGACAGCAUGACUGAUGGCGCACAACAAGCCCUGAGAAGAACAAUGGAGAUCUAUUCGAAGACCACCAGAUUUGCUUUAGCCUGCAAUGCAUCAGAUAAAAUUAUAGAGCCGAUUCAGUCACGCUGCGCCGUGCUGCGCUACAGUAAGCUGAGGGAUGAACAGAUCAUGAUGCGGCUGAUGGAGGUGGUGGAGAAGGAGAACCUGCACACCACCAACGAUGGACUGGAGGCCAUUAUCUUCACCGCCCAAGGAGACAUGAGACAGGCACUAAACAACCUGCAGUCCACUCAGUCCGGAUUUGGUUUCAUCAACAGUGAAAAUGUGUUUAAGGUAUGUGAUGAACCACACCCCCUGCUGGUUAAAAACAUGCUUGAACACUGUGUCAGCGGCAACAUCGAUGAGGCUUACAAGAUAAUAUCACAGCUCUGGUCACUCGGCUACUCUCCUGAAGAUAUAAUAGGGAACAUCUUCAGAGUGUGUAAAACCUUCCAAAUGCCGGAGUACCUGAAACUGGAGUUUAUCAAGGAGAUUGGCUACACCAACAUGAAGAUAGUAGAAGGAGUAAACUCUCUCCUCCAGCUUGCUGGACUGUUAGGACGUCUCUGCAGUAAGACUGCAGCACCCGAGGCCAGCUAAAGCCUACUGCUUCGUACUCAGCAGCUAUGCUGAGAUCCAAACCUGUCAGUGAAGCUAUUUUACUGAUCACAUUUAAAUGUAAAUAGUUUAAGAAAUCCACAAUAAAACGUGCGUUUUUCACUUUUU